UCUGAGCGUAUUUUCAAUUCUUCUACUUGGUUCCAAAUUUUUGUGAAAAAUGGAUCAACUUUUGUCGGUGAAAAUUGGUUGUCUUGUAGCACUUCUGGUGCUCACAUUGGUUUGUGGCUUGAUCCCUGCUCGUGUCAAAUGGUUUCAGAAAAACAGCACUGAAGGUUUGCAUCAUCUAAUCUUGUGUCUGAUAAGCUCAUUUGCUGCUGGCAUCUUUCUUGGUGCCUGCUUGCUUCACGUUGUAGCAGAGUAUUUAACAAACAUCAGUGAUGAACUUUCUUAUAUUAAUUAUCCAAUGGGAUUGCUGAUCUUGUCUUUGGGCUUUUUUUUUGUCCUCUGCAUUGAACGAGUUGUAUUGCAUUUCUGCAAUCAUCCUCAAAAUCCACCUCAGAAUGGAAUACAAAUGUCAAAUGUGCAAUGUUCUUCAGAGGUCAGCAUCUAUCCUGACAAGGAUGACAAGAAUGUGUUUCCAGUACCCACACAUCUACAAAGCGAGGACCCACACAGUCAUGUGCAUCAUGCAACAUAUUCCCAUUCUUCUUUCCGUUCUCUUAUAUUAUUCUGCUCUCUCUCCAUACACUCAAUCUUUGAGGGUCUGGCUAUUGGACUUCAAACAAGCUUCUCCACUGCUCUAGAAAUUGCCAUUGCUGUGCUUAUCCAUAAGGGCAUCAUUGUCUUCAGCCUGUCCCUCAAGCUGGUAAACAGCAUGACCCAGCCUGCUUGGCUUCUUACCUAUAUUGUAUUUUUCUCAUUGAUGUCUCCAGUUGGCCUUGCAAUUGGUAUUGGAGUUACAAUGGCUAAGACAACUGUCAUAUCUCUUGUACAAGCCGUCCUAGAGGGAAUUUCCUCUGGAACCUUUGUCUAUGUCACCUUCCUUGAAAUUCUCCCACAGGAACUCAACUCAGAUGAGAAACCGCUUCUAAAAGUUCUCUUCAUUGCAAUUGGCUUUACUAUUAUGGCUGUUAUAGCCAUCUGGGCUUAA